UUACCAGAGUAAAUUGAUUUAUAUAUAAACGUACCGUUAAGCAGCGAAUGAUAGAAAGAGAGAGGGUGCGAAACGAUAACAAAGGCAACGCCAACAAACAAAACCAAAACACUCAAGCAAAACGGAGACGACAGAAAAGGCAAAUAUACACACAUAACAGAGUUUGUCGGAAAUUAUCAAAAUUACAAUUGAAAAUUCUUCGAAAUCGGAUUGGCAGCAGCAUAGCCGCGCCCAGCACCCAACAGCACCACCCCCGCUGACCGCCAAACGAAAUCAUGAACGCCCUGCUCCGCCACAAGGGACGCAACUUGCGGACGAGUUACCUGGUUCAGAACCUUAACCAGCGAUAUCUCAAAUCGAGUUGUUGUGCCUGCAGUUCUAUUCACUCUACAGAUGGCGAUGGCAAAUCGGACGAACGACCCCGGAGAUCUGCAUCCACUUCGAUGCUGGAGAUAAGCAAAUCCCUGGGCUCGUGCCAGCUUUACGGUAACCACAGGUUCCAGGCACAGACCAGCUACGGAUACCAUUACUCAGGCCAUGGAUUCAGGCAUCUUCAUGUCAGUCGUUCACUGCUUGAGACCUCCACCUCGAAGAUCGAUGUGACGGUCAAGAAACUGAAGAACCAACAGAAGGAGAAGGUCGAGGAGAUCAUGAAGGAGGUGGCCAACGGCCAGGCAAUGGGAGUGACUAAGAGUGCUGCAGCCACUGCCACUGCCUCCACUGAGAAACCCAAAUCCGAUGGCCCAACGCUGGGCGAAACGUCGGCGACGUCUAGCUCGGAUAUAACUGCAACUAAAUCCACGGAAAAAUCUGUGGCCAAGCCAAAGAAGCCGCUGCGCACACGCAUUUGGGACGAACUGGUGCACUACUAUCACGGCUUUCGCCUGCUAUUCAUUGACGUGGCCAUUUGUUCUAAACUGCUCUGGCGGGUGCUCAAUGGAAAGACGCUGACGCGACGUGAGAAUAAGCAGCUUCAGCGGACCACCUCGGACUUGUUCCGUCUUAUUCCAUUUUCUGUGUUCAUCAUUGUGCCGUUCAUGGAGCUCCUGCUACCGCUGUUCAUCAAGUUUUUCCCCGGCAUGCUUCCCUCCACGUUCCAAACCUCGAACGAUCGACAGGAGAAGCUGCGGCAGUCUCUAAAUGUUCGACUCGAGGUGGCUAAGUUCCUGCAGCAGACCCUCGACCAGAUGCCCGUCCAGCACAAGGAGCACAGCAGCGAGGAGGCCAAGCAAUUCGAGGCCUUCUUCACCAAGAUCCGCAAUCCUAACGAGGCCAUCAGCAACGAUGAAAUCAUCAAGUUCGCCAAGCGCUUCGACGACGAAAUCACCCUGGACUCUUUGUCGCGGGAGCAACUAGCGGCCCUCUGCCGAGUGCUGGAGCUGAAUACGAUCGGAACUACAACAUUACUACGAUUCCAGCUGCGCCUGAAGCUACGCUCCCUGGCCACCGACGACCGGGUGAUUGCUCGCGAGGGCGUCGACACCCUGGAUCUGUUCGAGCUGCAGCAGGCGUGCAAGGCGCGUGGCAUGCGUGCCUAUGGCCUUACGGCCGAGCGUCUGCGUUUCCAGUUGAAGGAGUGGAUUGACCUCUCGCUGAACGAGCAGGUGCCACCCACGCUACUGCUUCUGUCACGAGCUGUGCUCAUCUCCGACGACAGCAACACCACCGACAAACUGAAGGAGACCAUGCGCGUUCUGCCGGAUGCAGUGGGUGCCCAUACACGUCACGCAAUUGGCGAGAGCGAGGGCAAGGUGGACAACAGGACUAAGAUCGAGAUCAUCAAGGAGGAGGAGCGCAAGAUUCGUGAAGAGCGCGAGGAGGAGCGCGAAGAGACGAUUGCCAAGCGAACGGCAAUCAAGGAUGAGGCACCAUCUCCCUAUGUAUUCUCUAAGAAGAUGGCAACAGCGAAGGAGAUUCUCAACGUUGAGAGGAAGUCUGAGACCGAUAAGAGCAUAUCCUCCACCGAUGUUCAGUUGCUGUCCGAAGCUUUGAAGACUCUCUCGUCCGACAAGCAGCUUGUGGUGGAGAAGGAGACGAUCAAGGAGCUGAAGGAGGAGCUGGCCGACUACAAGGAUGAUGUUGAGGAGCUGCGGGAGGUUCGCCAGGUGGUCAAGGAACCAGUGCGCGAGAGUCGAGCGGCGAAGCUGCUCUACAACCGGGUCAACAAGAUGAUUGCGGAGCUGGAUACCGUACUCCACGACCUGGAGCAUAGGCAGCACCAGAUCAAGCAGGCAGAUACCAGUGAUUACACUCCCGCCAGACCAGACAUGGUGUCGAAUAUGGUGCACAUCGACGAGCUAGUUUCCACAAUUCGGCGGGUGAAGGAGGCCUCGGACGAGGAGCGCUUUAAGGUGGUCGAAGAUUUGCUGGUCAAGCUCGAUGCGGACAAGGAUGGUGUGAUUUCAGUGAACGAAAUUACCAAGGUGGUGCAGAGCAUCGACAGUGAGGCCCUCAAGAUCGACAAAAAGCAGCUGGAGGAAUUCACCGAGCUGCUGUCAAAGCAGGCGACGCGACGGCGCAACGAGGAGAUUGUUCGUAUUGAUGACCUCAUGAAAAACAUCAAGGUGCUUAAGGAAACCAGCGAUGAGGCACGCCUUAAGCAUAUUGAGGCCGUUUUAGAGAAGUUUGAUGCCGACAAGGAUGGUGUGGUGACGGUUAACGAAAUUCGCAAGGUAAUGGAGUCCAUCGGUCGCGACAAUAUCAAACUAAGCGAGAAGGCCAUCGAGGAUCUGAUCUCUAUGCUCGAAAAAGAGCAGGUCCUUCAGGCUGAGCAGAAAAUUGAAAAAGCUAUUGCGAAGAGCAUGAAGGAGGCUGAAAAAUUGAAGAAUGAUGUGGAGAAGUCUGAUAAGGACCUGGCCAAGCUAGUUAAUGACAUUCACGACUCGGCCAAAGAGAUUCAGGACAUUGCCCACGAGCUAGGUGCUUCGGCGUCCGGCACGGAUAAGCUUAUCGAUAAAGCUAAGCCUUUGAAGCCGGAGCCCGCAUUAAAGGACACGGCCAAAACGCUUAAGGACAACGCCACGGAUCUUAAUGAAAUAGCACCGAAAGUUCUGCCGGCGGAAAAGAAAGAUGAUCCCAAGAGCAGACCGACAACGAAAGACUCGGCUGGCUCCGAACGAAGCGGGAAGCCUGGUGGUGGAAGCACCGGCGGCGGUACCGCGACAGAAGCAGUUUUGCGGGAGGCGGCUGAGCGGCAAAUAGAAAAGAUUCUGCCCCAGACGGACAUGGGUCUGCCGCCCACGAUACAGACACCGACACAGCCUUCAGCGACGAAGAAAGCAACGGCAACGGCCACGGCCAGUGCCAGUGCCAACCUGUCCUCGACGAAUACAACCAAGAAGUUGCUCUGACCGACCGAGGGCGAAUCGAAGGAAGGAGUACCUAAGCCGAAGUGAUGAUGUGGUGGAGAUGGAGUUCGGGGCGAACGAGAGUGAGAAGUGGCUGCUCGUGUGUUCAGAAUUGUUCUGAAUAUAGUAUGAAUUGAUUUGUUAACACUUAACAUAAAACGAGGGAGAUGUUCCCAACGAGAAAACGCAA